AUGUCCGACGACGGCAUCUUCUUCGCGGAGGAUCCCUACUCUCCCCCAGUCCCAGCGGCAACCACCCCUUCCUCCCCCUCCCCGGUGGCCAAACCGGAAGACGACUUCUUGGCUCCAGCACCGGAGCCAGACACGAUCUACUACCUCACGAUAGCGACGCCGCACACGGACGCCUGGGCGUUCUACGGCCCGACGAGAACCUUCGCCGAGCUGCUUCCGCUGGUGAGGAAGACUGUUGCGGACUGCCCGGCUGCGGCCGAGAAGCUGGAGCGUCUUCUGGCUGCGGAGGACGACGGCGAAGAGGACGAUGAAGACCAGGACGGUGACGCGUACGGCUACUACGGUGUGCCGUACGAAAACCAGGAGAAGCCCGCCUUCCUCGAGACGGGCUUCACCACCUUCGUCGCCGAAGCGCAGGACGGGUCCUACAGCAUCCUCCGCACCGUCCGCGAGCCCAACGCCCCCGUCGCCGCCGUCCUGCCCGGCCCCGUAUACGUCGUCUCCGCCGUCGGGCCGCUUGUCCAGCAGCCCACCAUCGGCAUCUCCUCCUCCUCCUCCUCCUCCUCCGGCAAGCGCGUCGGCUACGCCCGCACGUCCAAGCUCAUCCGCAGCUACGUGGUGUCCGAAGAAGCGAAGACGGCGGCUCGCCGCACCAUGCAGGACCUUGUGCAGGGCGUGCAGCACGUCGUGUGCUCUGAGAGCUUUAUGCAGGCUAGGGGGUUGGGUGGCGGGUUGGUUGUGGCGUUUGGUGCGGGAAGGAGUUGGGAGGUUAGGGUGCGGUAUCAGGAUGUGCUCGUGGGGGUCAGGGAGAGGUAUGACUUGGGGCUCGAGGGGAAGGGGAGCUGGAGGAUCUGA